AUGCGUUUCCACUCUGUCGCUGUUUUGACCGGCGCUACCGCUGUCGCUGCUGGCAACACUGCCAACCUUUUGCUGCCCGGCUUCGGUGGCCAGGAUCUGCAGGCUGGUAUUGUCGAGACCAACGGUGAUGCGACUACCUACAAGAUCACUUGCCCCCAGACUGUCUCUGCUGGUGCCUGCGGUAUUGCUGGCGAGGGCCUGACUGCUGUCGCUGCCCCGACCUCCAUGCAACUGCAGAACAUCAACCUGCAGGGAACCACUGGAACCCUGUCCUGCAACAUUGCUGGCACCACCUACGCCUCUUGCCAGGCUUCUGCUGGCACUGCGACUCCCUCGGGAACCCUCGGCUCUGCUGAUAUGAACUGGAUGCCGGUGACCAUCACCGGUCCUUGCUCCACCAGCACCCCGACCCCUACGUCGACUCCCACGCCGACUUCCACUGCUACCCCCACUAGCACGAGCACUGUCACCUCCACCUCUUCCACCAUCACGUCCAGCGCGAUCUCUACCCCCAAGAAGUCGUCCUCGUUCGUCGCUUCUUCUUCUUCCCACCUGAUCACCUCCACCCCUCUGGUGGCAGCUGCUACCACUGGGGCCGUGAUCUCCGGCACCGGCGCCCCUGCCGCUUCCUCCACUGCCUUCAACGCUGCCGGCCAGAUUGCCAGCAGCUUCUGGACUGUCGGUGGUGCCUUUGCGGCUCUGGCUUGUGCUUUCGCUUAG